CAGUCCGCCCCUGGCCACCAUCAAUGGGCACUAUUCCUCCCUUCCAGUCCGGAGACUUUCCCCCCCCCCCCCCCCCUUCCAGUCCGGACACUCCCCCCCCCCUUCCAGUCCCGGACUCCCACUCCCCCCCCCCCCUUCCAGUCCGGAGACUUCCCCCCCCCCCCCCUUCCAGUCCGGACACUCCCCCCCCUUCCAGUCCGGACACCUCCCCCCCCCUUCCAGUCCGGACACUUUCACCCCCUUCCAGUCCGGACACUUUCACCCCCUUCCAGUCCGGAGACUUCCCCCCCCCCCCUUCCAGUCCGGACACUCCAACCCCCCCCCCCCCCCCCCCUUCCAGUCCGGACACUCCCCCCCCCUUCCAGUCCGGA